AUGUCUAUCCCUGAGUCCUGUACCGUGCUAGUGGUGGGAGGUGGCCCAGCUGGCUCGUACACGGCGGCAGCCCUUGCCCGCGAAGGGACCGAUGUUGUUCUGCUCGAGGCCGACACCUUUCCGAGGUACCACAUCGGCGAAUCGAUGCUUGCCUCGAUGCGUCAUUUCAUCCGGUUUAUCGAUCUCGAGAAGACGUUUGACAACCAUGGCUUCCGUAGAAAGGCAUGUUAUAGUCACUACAAUGUUUACUGUGACAACGAUGUACUGUCAGACACCGACUUCCUUGCCGUCAACGGCCCAAAUGGCUAUUCCUGGAAUGUGAUCCGUUCCGAAUCGGACAAGUUGAUGUUUGACCACGCUGAAAAGAGUGGCGCCCAUACCUUUCAGGGUGUCAAGGUCGAUUCGGUCCAGUUCAUCCCGGCUCCGGAUUUCCCAGCAGAUGAGAGAAUCUGUAACCCAGGACAAGCAGUCUCGGCCACUUGGUCACGCAAGGCGGAUGGGGCCACCGGAACGAUUAAAUUCGACUACAUAGUCGAUGCUAGCGGGCGCAACGGCAUCAUCUCUACCCAAUAUCUCAAGAACCGCAAGUUCAACCAGGCACUUAAGAACCAGGCCAACUGGGGCUACUGGAAAGGGGCCAAGACGUAUGCUCCGGGCACGCAUAUGGAGGGCGCCCCCCUCUUCGAGGCCUUGACGGACCAGAGCGGCUGGUGCUGGGCCAUCCCGCUCCAUGACGAUACUCUCUCCGUCGGUAUCGUAAUGCGGCAGGACUUGUCUCUGGCGCGCAAGAGAGGGCUGGGCUCGCCGUCUAUGAUUGAGUUCUAUAAGCACUGUUUGACCCUGGCCCCGGAGAUCGAGGCCCGACUCGCCGAAGCCGAGCUCGUUUCUCCCACCAUCAAGGCCGCCUCGGACUGGUCGUACAGCGCCUCAGGAUACGCGGGCCCCAACUUCCGGCUGGUCGGCGAUGCGGGAUGCUUCAUCGACCCCUAUUUCAGCUCCGGUGUGCACCUUGCGCUGGCCGGUGGCCUUUCGGCUGCCAUGACCAUCCAGGCCUCCAUUCGAGGUGAUUGCAGCGAGUUCCAAGCGGCUAAGUGCCACUCGGCCAGGGUCGGCGAGAGUUACUCGCGUUUCCUGCUGGUCGUGAUGACAGCCCUGAAACAGAUCCGCAGCGGUAACGAGCCAGUCCUGAGCGAUUUUGACGAGGAUGGUUUUGAUAGGGCGUUUUCCUUUUUCCGGCCGAUCAUCCAAGGCCUCGCGGACGCCGACGCCAGCGGCAAGCUAACGCAAGGCGUGAUCUCGCAGUCGGUCGAGUUCUGCCUGCACGCGUUCGAGAACAUCUCGUCGGAGGCGCGGCAGGGGGUGCUGGACAAGCUGGAGCGGGUCAAGGCGGACCCCAACGUGGAGACCAAGGCGGACCUGGAGAAGCUGACCGAGGACGAGCUGGCCAUCCUGCGCACCAUCCGUGCCCGCCAGAUGCUGCGCGGCGAGGAGGCCAUGGACGGCGUCAAGAGCUUCGCCCAGGACGUCAUCGACGGCUGGGUGCCCAGGUUGGUGCACGGCAGUCUGGGCAUGGACCGCGUCGGUGACCAGGUGGCGGCCCCCAAGUAUCAGGAGAGUGUGUUCGAGUCGGGCCUGGCGGAUAAGAAGCCGGCUCCUGCGCUGGAGAAGAGGCCUGAGGGGGUUGUUCAGGUGUGA